UCUUUCUUCUCCUUUUCUUUUGCACUAUGGAUACGUCUAUUAAAAAGUACAUAAUAUCAGAAAAUAAAAGCGAUGAUGUUAUCAACAAUAUUAUUGAACUUGUAAACAAUAAAGAAACAAGUUCCAGUAUGUUGGAAUUAAUUCAAUUAUUGGACAAAUACUUCACGCAUAAAGAUGAUACGAUUCGUUCAAGAGCUAUCGGAUUGUUGACUUGCGUUGUGGAAGGUUCUGAACGGCUCGAUGAAUCUACAAUAUUUGUUCUUGUCAAUUUCUAUUGCAGUCGAUUGACAGAUCAAGCAACUGUGCCUAGCUUGAUGCCGGGCCUUGCUAUUCUUACAAGCAAGUUUGAUCAUUUAAAUGCCAAUUGCACCAAAGUUAUUCUACAAAGUUUAGUACAUCAAGUUCAGAUUCAAUCGUUCCCGCACAUUACCAGAAAUGCCGCUAUUCAAGUAUUUGAGAACUUAUUGGAUUACCACUGCAAAGACGUAAAAGCCAUGACAGACGAAUUUAUAUCUGGUUUCAUUCAGUCUAUCACAGGCGAAAAAGAUCCGCGCAACUUGAUCACAGUUUAUGCUACCAUUCUUAAGAUGGUGAACUCACUUGAUAUUUCUAAUCAUGUUGAGGAUUUGUUUGAUGCUACGUUUUGUUACUUUCCUAUCACGUUUAGACCGCCACCAGACAAUCCAUAUGGAAUCACUGCAAAAGACCUCAAAUUAAGCUUAAGAAAAUGUAUGGCAUCAACAUCUUUAUUUUCAAAAUAUGCUAUACCAUUACUUUUGAAGAAACUGUCAACCAUGUCUGGAAGUGCCAAGAAAGAUGCUAUGGAAACCUUGACAGCCUGUGCAUCCGUCUAUCCUGUUCAUGAACUCAUUUUAGUGGGUACAAGGUUGCUUGAUUCUAUCAAGAUUGAAAUUUUGAGUGGGGAUCCUGAUCCUGGAUUAAGAGAACCUUCUUUGGAUGCAAUUACUGCUUUGACCAAAGCAAUCACAACCAGCGAAGCUGUCAAAGAAGCUGAUGUUACACGAGUAUUAAAAUCACUUAUAGACGAUUGUGUUCUUCUUUUAGAUGAAUUAGAUGAAGACAGUGUAAAGCCAGCUAGCCUGGUAUUACGUGCUAUAGCUUCUGCUUCACCCUUUGCUUAUGCUUUAAUUGAAAAUACAGUGUUGCCAAAACUACUGAGAUUAUAUAGAGAAAACAAGGGCAUCUCCGAACGUUAUUUUAUACUAUGUACUAUGGUUGCUAUCAUUCAAGCUAGAAAGAUUGUAUAUGAUGUAGUAAGCGAGAACGAUGAAGAUGAAGAAAAUGUUCAUCAUGAUUCAGUUCUGGUUUCUUACAAGACACGUAUGAUUGAAAACUUUACACUUGCAAUCAAAGAGAGAAAUGAGCAUCCUGAAUUUCGUCUUAUGGGCAUUCUUGGCUUAGGUUUACUCUGUGUAUUGAGACGAUACAUGAAAAGAGAACAGAGAGCUCUUUGUGUUCAAACAUUAGGCAGCGUACUAGAGGCUGAAGAAGAAGAGAAACUAAGAUCAUCUGUUGAAAUGUCACUGUUGGAAAUAUCUCAUUUUGAUCCUUUACUCAUCAAAGACAUUACAAUGCCCAUGUUAAUCAGUAUCCUACCUGAUUUCUCUUCAAUGGAUGAUAAAAGUAAUCUAGUAUCGCAUAAACUCACUCUCAAAACAAUUCAAAAAAUUUGCUGUCCUACUCCAAUCUAUAACGCAGUUGAACAAAAGUUAUUGACAAAGUUUAUCUACAUCUGUAGUCAUAACAAAGAUAGAAAAUAUGCGUUGGAAGUUGCUCGUACUCUUUUAUUGCUUUUAGAAACAAGAAACAAUGAAAAACAAAAGGACAUUCACCUCUGUGCAGACACUCUUUUACCCAGUCUCAUUUCAUCCAUUGAGUCUGCUGUCAUGGACUCAUCUUCCAUCAAGGAUCAAGUCAUUAUUCUGAAUCCUGAAGUGUUGCAAGCCAUCAACCUUAUUAUUCUUAUUGUCAUGAGAAACAUGAAGACAGAAGAACAAAGAAGCUACGUUGACAAAUACUUUAAACACUUUAAACAAGAAAACCUCUUUGACAAGACUGACUUUUGUCCUCUUUCCUCAAAUGCACCUGAAGCUCAGGCAGCAUGCACUCAGUUAUUUGCUACCAUUAUUUCAUCCAUGCGCAAAGAUACCUCUCUACCUACAGAAUCCAAUCAAGCAUUUCUAGACCCCAUGAUAGAAGAAGCACUCAAAAGUACUUUUCAAACGCAAAUAAUUGCAUUUUGUCGAAUUAUUGCUUCUGUAAUCAAUAAAUGGACACAAGCCGAUGCUUUAGAUAGUUAUAUAAAUUAUCUCAAAAAAAGACUAGAGAACCUUGUUCAAGAUGAAAAGUCGAGUUCAGCAUUGACCAUUUAUGUUUGGGUGGCUAAGGCGUUAGUUAUGCGUUAUCGUAAGAAUGGCAUUGAAAUGACCGACAUGAUACUACAGUGGAUUCGUGAUACCAAGCUUGGCCGUCAAGCUUCAAACAGUUUUGAUAUAUUAAUUGGCGAUGAUCCUCUUUGUCUGAACAACCAAUGUUUUGCUGUUAUUUCCCUGCUUUACAAACAAAAGUUCAUGAACUAUGCAUUGCCAAAACUGUUGAGCACGUUUAAUAACGCAUCUACCAAAGACGAAAAGUCAAACUAUUUAGUUGCCAUUGCUUAUCUGUUGAAGAAUGUGCCUCGCUCUAUCCUUAUGAAUCAACUUCCUCCGCUUGUUCCUUUGCUGAUUGAAUCUCUAUCUUUUCCGGAUACUACAUUGAAACUGUCUACCUUGAAUAUGUUUCAAUUUGCUUUAUGUGAAGCAACAGAUAUUGUGUCAAAGCAUAUUAUCACACUCUUGCCUUCAUUCAUUUCAUUGACAAGACCUGAAGAAAACCCAAUGCAGGUGAGAAUAGCUGCCUUGAAAUGCAUUGGGUUGGUGGCCACAAAAGUUUCUCAUACCAUUACUCUGCCUUACGUCAAGAGCACAUUAAAAGCCAUUGCGUUACCUUUGGACGAUAAGAAACGACUUGUUAGAAAGCAAGCCGUAGAAUGUAGAGAAAGUUGGUAUCUUAUCAAUGCAAAAUAAAAGAAAUAUAUAGUUCUUUAUUAAAAAGAGAAUAUUUACA